AUGGAUAGAUAUCAAGAACUCUAUGCCAAUGGUGACCAGAACUUAGAAGCUAACUUAAUAGAUCAUGAGGUACCUGAAUCAUCAUCAUCGGUACCUGAAACGAAGAACUAUAAAAGGUGGCUCCGUGUCUCCAUAUAUGUAAUCUUUGUCCUCUUCUGCCAACCACUUGCUACAAUUCUGGGAAGAUUGUACUAUGAAAAUGGAGGGAAGAGCACAUACGUUGUAACACUUCUCCAACUCAUUGGCUUCCCUGUUCUGAUUCUCUUCCGUUUCUUUUCGCGAAUCAGACAACCAAAAUCAACAGAUUCAAGUUUCAGACAUGGACCUUCCUUCACCACUCUUGCAUCAGUUUACAUUUGCACUGGACUGCUAGUAUCUGCUUACGCUUAUCUGUCUGCAGUUGGAUUGCUCUACUUACCGGUUUCUACUUUCUCCCUCAUCUUGGCCUCACAGUUGGCCUUCACCGCCUUCUUCUCGUUUUUCCUUAACUCUCAAAAGUUCACUCCUUUCAUAGUGAAUUCUCUGUUUCUCCUCACUGUUUCCUCUGCCCUUCUUGUGGUCAACACUGACUCACAAAACACAACAAAUGUCUCUAGAUUACAAUACGUGAUCGGGUUCAUUUGCACCAUCGGUGCUUCCGCUGGGAUCGGAUUGCUGCUAUCUCUGAUACAACUGCUAUUCAGGAAAGUUUUCAAGAAGCAUACAUCCUCAGCAGUCAUGGACUUGGCCAUAUACCAGUCUCUAGUUGCGAGUUGUGUUGUUCUCAUUGGACUUUUUGUAAGUGGAGAGUGGAAAACUUUGCCGAGUGAGAUGAGAAACUACAAACUCGGGCAAGUGUCAUACGUUAUGACUUUGGCCUCUGCAGCUAUCUCCUGGCAAGUCUACACCGUUGGUCUUGUGGGACUGAUUUUCGAGUCGUCUUCUGUGUUCUCCAAUUCCAUAACUGCUGUGGGAUUGCCUAUAGUACCAUUCUUAGCUGUGAUAGUGUUUCAUGAUAGAAUGGACGCUUCGAAGAUCUUCUCUAUCAUUUUAGCUAUAUGGGGCUUCCUUUCAUUUGUCUAUCAGCACUACCUCGAUGAAAAGAAGUUGACGACUUGCGACACAAACCUUGUCGAGGAAGAUACACAAACUUGA